AUGGCCAGAGCCUUGUAUGGCGUUUUCUUAGUUAUGUAUUUUACAUUAGCCUCUUCUGCUAUCCAAUCUCUGCAGCUUCGAAUGAUCCAUAGAGACUCAAUCUACUCUCCGCUCUAUCCAGGAAACCUUACCGCCGAAGAGCACAUGGAUCGUCUAUAUAACUACACAACUCUUCGAGCCAAAAUGAUCGAGUCGAGAAUGUCGUCCGCAGCCCUCGACUACAACACAACGCGCGUCCAACCUCGCGUAGAAUUUGUUCCCACCCUUUACGUUCUGGAGCUUGUGAUCGGCACACCGCGGCACGCGCGAGAGCACCGCAAAGCGCGAUACUUGAUGAUGGACACCUCUAGCGGCCUCGUCUGGCUACAAUGCCAACCGUGCAUCCACUGUUGGAGCCCUCCUGCCGUGGUUUUCGACCCAAGAAGCUCACAAAGUUUUGCCCCAGUACCAUGCAACCAUCCAUUAUGUGAUUUGAGAAUCCCACACCAGUUCCAGUGCAUCAAUCACCAGUGCCAUUACACUUACAUGUACGGACAUCCGUCAUUGACGAGGGGAGUUCUCGCGACAGAAACAUUCGGCUUUGCUUCCGACCGUGGCGGUUUCGAAUUUGUGCAUAACUUUGCCUUCGGUUGUAGCCACGACAGCCAAAAUUUCAACACUCUAGGCAGCGUUGUGUCAGGCAUUGCCGGAUUUAACCGAAAGAGAACGUCAUUUUUGAGCCAAAUGAAUCAAGGCCAAGCCAAUGAUAUCCAUAGCGAGAUCGAUUAUUUUGUAAGCCUUAUCGAUGUGAGCGUCGAAAACCGUCGUGUUGGGUUCCCGCCAGGUACCUUUAGGGUGCGGAUAGAGCAUGGCGUGUUAAAAGGCGGCUUCUUCAUCGAUUCUGGUUCAGCAUAUUCCAGUUUCAAUACCGGUGGACCUUAUGAGCGUGUCAAGAAUACCUUCGAAGAGUAUUUUCAUCGGUUCAGGUUAGCUCACUGUCACCAGCACGGAUUUGAGGUGUGUUAUAAGAUUCCGCGAGGGGGGUUUAAUGCAUAUCCCAGUAUGACGUUUCACUUUCAGAAUGGCAACGACUUCAUGGCGCCACCGGAAAAUGUGGUUGUGAUAGAUCAAAGGUGUUUUUGUGUCAUGAUAGGAAAAUCUCAGACAGUUAACACCUUGGGAGCUUAUCAACAACGGAAUUACCAAAUGUCAUUUGAUAUUCAGAGUAGGACUAUAUCGUACGCUCCUGCAGAUUGUACUAGAGAUGCUUAA